ACACAUAUACUAUUAAAACUUCAAUACAAAUUUACAUUACAAACAAAAACUUAGUUGGUUUCUGUAGGUGUCGUACUCAAAUAUUGUAAUUAGUCAAGCUGGGGCUUUAACCUCUUCAUAUGAUGCUCAGUAGUUUAUAUGCACACAUACUGCGUAUGGAAAAAGAGGUUUUUCUUUAAGUCAAGUAUAAAGUUGCAUAACAUUGAAAAACUCUCAAGUAAUGUAAGUUUCUCAGAUGUGUGCUUAAGUAAAUGUACUGAAUUAUAAAUAAAUAAAAAUCUGUGUUAAUGUAAUUUCCACCACUGCCACAGGGAUACAUUCGUUCACAAACACAAUUAAACACAUUUUACUUUCUGAAUGAAGUCUGUAUAUCUGUUUAUGCUGGUGUGAAUCUUAUGCAAUGAUGUAAAUUAAUGUACAUUAGAGUAUCUUCGGCCGUCAGUAGCUAUUACUGGAAAAAAACAGUACUAUAACUUUAUCUCAUUUCCUUCCUGUUUUCAACUUUCCUUCCGCAGUAGGUAGCUGGAACGCUAAAAUUUCCAUGAGCCACCCACCAUUUUAAGAUGAUCUACUGGAUGACAACAUGGCCUGCUUGAAACUGACUAUGUUUGUGCCCAUGAAGGUAGUGUCUUUGACUAUUUUGAUGUCAUUUAUUUUAUUUUCUAUUAAGGUAGGAGUUUGCAUGAAGCAGACUGGCACUUGCAGACCUAUAUGUACUGUAAGUGACUGCAUAACUGUUAAUCAAGACAGUGUGGACUUUAAAACAGCCGAAAAAACAUGUCAUGACAGGAAUGGAGAAUUAAUGACUUUUCAGUCUGAGGCGGAUGAGAGCAUUCUUGACUUUUUGGGUCAAGAAUUGAAUGGGAACUUCUGGAUUGGACUGCGUUUACCAGAUACCGCCUGCAGCAACCUUUCAGCUCUGCUGAGAGGCUAUGAGUGGACCUCUGUUGGUAUGGACAGGAACUUUACUCCAUCUUUCAACACCUGGAAAGACAAUGUUACAGUCUGCUCUCCCCACUGUGUGUCACUUUCAAAUGAACAAAAGUGGACAGAGAGGCUGUGCUCAGAGAAAACGGAUGGGUUUCUGUGCAAAACAAAGCCCGAAGAUGCAUGCCAGGCACAGUUUUUCAAGAGUUCUAAGGGCUGUAAAACUGCUCCUUGUGAGCACACCUGCAAAGAUGUCAGAGGAGGCUAUAUAUGCUCUUGUUUCAAUGGAUAUAUUCCAGACAGUAAAGACCCAAGUCGGUGCAAAAUGCACUGUGCAACAGAGAAAUGCCCUGCAAUAUGUGAGAGAAGCGAUGGAUGCGAAUGUCCUGACGGCUUUAUAGAGAAUGAAGGAUUUUGUGAGGACAUUGAUGAAUGUUCGAUGCAGCAAUGUGAGCAAAACUGUAAAAACUAUUUUGGAGGCUUUUUCUGCUCCUGCAAAGAAGGGCAUAUACUAAAAGAUCAAGUCAAAUGUAGUAGAGCGAAUGGCACCACUAAAAUUGUCCCAGCUUUUGUGAGGCCACCUAUUAAAAAGAAUAGUCCGCGGGGUUCAUCUGCAUCUGCAAGGAGUUUUAUUUGGAUAUGGAUUUUUAUUACUGUGGCUGUGGUAGUGUUAAUAUGUGUGGUAAGGUAUUAUGUUGUUAAACGUCAGAAGCGCAGAGAGCAAAGUUCCAAUCAACGGUCUGCUGCUCCUGUGAACAACACUGACUGUUAAAACCAAUUCAAAACAUCAUUAAUAUUGAUUCCUUUGCUUGUAUAGUAUUUACAGUUACUGACAAUUGUGUACUUUGUUCUCUGUUACAUUUAUCAGAUGGCUGCAGUUACUUGGACUAAGUAAGCUGUUACAAGCCAAAUAUAUGCUAAGCUUGUAAAUAAAUGUAUGAUGUAACAUGAAACUAAUGGAAAUUGAUUGAUUGGUGAAAAUGUGUUAAAUUGGAACUGUUUAAAUGAUUCAGCAUAUUUACAGUAGUUUUUUUGCAAAGAGAAUAG